AUGAAUCAGACACUGCUUGUGCUGGCCUUGCUAUUGUUGGACCUGGGCUUCCAGUCAGCCCGAGCUUGUCCCACGUUUUAUGGAAUCUUCAGUGUUUUGACCAUUGGGGACCAGAGAGCCUUGAACACCUCCCUGUUGGGAGUGGGUGCCACGGAGGAGGAGAAGGCAGCCUUCGGGAAGAUCCAGGAGUGCUACAAUGAGGCCGGAGUGGCAGCAAAGUUCUUGGAUUUCAUUGUCAUGAGCACCAUCACCACCAGCCCAGAGUGUACCUUGUUUUAUUUUAAUUCGCUGGUUGACAAUGGUGUUGAGUCUUAGAGGGCUG